AUGUAUUUAAUCCGGAAAGCAGCGGAACGUAAUGAAAGUGUCCAGAGUACAAGUUCUAAAAAAUUAAAACAAAACACUGAAGAAGAUGUACCCGAAAAUAGCAGUACUGAAUUUCGAAUAAUAAACUUCAAUACGGUAUUCACUGCAAUUUUUACUCUUGUUAAGUGUAAAAAAUGUGAUGGGAUAUGUACAGUUUCAAACAGCAAUGAAUCCGGACACGGAAAGGGUGCGCCUGAUGGCGUAGAUGGUAUACUAAAGCAGACUCUUGAUAAAGCUGUUGCUUAUGGAAAAGACAUUUUGAACGUUGCAGAAUGCGAAAAAAUUUUAAUGGAACAUACUAAAUCUAUUAAAAUUUUGAGAGUAACUAUUGAAGAAAUACAAUGCGUAAAAAACGAACUAAUAAAUGAAAAAAUCAAGCCAAUUUCUGGAUCCAUGAAGAUUCAUCAUGUUUCCAUUAAUUUUGCAUCAAAUGAGAUUGACUAUAGAGAGCUUUCGUGCAAUAUAUGCCCUACAGGAGGAUGGUGCAGCCCUUUCUCUAUUUUAAAGUCUCCAGCCACUACAGUCGCUCCACAAGAAACAGAACAACUUAAGCUUGGAGAUUGGGUAAAAGUCGAGUACCAAAUAAAAUUAUAUCCUGGCAAAGUCAUAAAUAUGUCUGAAACAAAUGUCACAGCAUCCUGCACGGAACAGCCAUUAACAGAAAAGUAUGGAAUUGGCCCCACAAGUCGGACAUUUGCUCAUUUGAAAAAAGUAAAAUUCAUGGAGUGCUAA